GCGCUGUUGAAAUGGACCGAAGAAGAAAAAAUGGACCACCUAGGACAGCAUGUGUCACUGAGCCUAGGGCAGGACAUAAUGGCCAUUGUGGCCGCGAGCCGGUCCUGGAACGAGACCCGGGAUGUGAUGAUGAGAAAAUAUCUGGCAGCAGAGAAGAUGGCGAUGGAGGCCGAUUUAGCGGCAGUCCAGAGGAAGAACUUCGCAACGUACAAUGACUUCCUAUGGGAGUUUACUUUGGUAGCACUAAGGAUCCCCGGGGUUACGGACCAGAUAAUGAGUAAGUACUUCCUCAAGCAGUUCUCCGAGUUCGACAAGGACAAGAUCCUGUCAGCUUACCAACAGACGAGCGAGUUCGUAAACACCAGGGACGUUGAUUUCAGUACGGUAACGGAUCUGGCCGAGAAGACGGUAGUGACCGAGACAUUGGCCUUGCUUAAAGAAGGGGAGGUCAUAGAUCUGACUGGUAGGACAGAUGAUAAGGUAAAGAAGGGGAUUGAAAGUCUACAUGAACGGGUGCACGGAGUCGACAACAAAAUUGAAAGGGUGGAGAACGCGCUACUGGUUAUGCAGGCGCAAGUAUCCCGACUCGCCCUCCCUCCCCAGGAAGCCGUAGCUCCGCCAUGUGUAGCCAAUCGAGGGUUCGGACGGAGGGAUCCUGCUAACGAGCAGUGCAGGUAUUGCACCGCGAUGGGACAUUAUGUGUGCGCGUGUCCAAAGCUCAACCAUGAUAUAUUAAAAAGGAGAUGUACUAGGUCAUUAAAAGGAGAGAUAUUCGGACCACAGGGAGAACGCGUAAAUUGGAACUCGUCAAGGGGGAUGCGGCGAGCCGUUAUCAUGCUCAAUGGGUUAGAGAUAACAGCCGUAGAAACUGAGCCGGUGGUCGAAAUCAUCUGGGAUCAACUUCGGGGCCACGGGCCGCAGGUCAACUUCAUUUUGGAAAACGACGGACGUGAUAUGGUGAACGCGACUACUCGGCUAGGGACGGUCGGGAGAAGGAUUAUCCGUGACACCGUGAUGGAGGAGGUUGCUGGAAGCUCUGUACCCCAGGCAGAGUCUGAGGCCGGAGAACCAAAGAAAGUUUAUGGGAAGCCCAGGGAAGAGGAGCCUACGGAUAAGGUUACCGCUGCUAAGAAGAAGUUUAGAUACCAAAUCCCGAUCUUAACUAUGCCUGAGAUCGAUGAUACCCUUAGCAAGCUACUAGGGACCAUGGUGUCAGUGUCGUUCCAAACCAUGCUGCAGGCCAACCCUAGGUUGCUCAAAGGGCUUAGACAAAUGUUGACUCGGCGGCGAGUAGAGAUAGACGAAAACCCCGAAGCACCGGAAGAAGAAAGGGAGGAGGAAGCCCCGCAAGAGGUCGCUUACCUUCAAAGGAGUCACGGGGAUUUAGAGGAUCUUGAGAAAGCCUUUGCAGGUAUCCGUUUGAGCUUACCACACCGAGAAGGUGGCGAAGUCAUGAGGGCACCUCCUGGGACAAAGCUCAUUUUCCAUGCGCUACCCAUAGGAAAAUUGAAGAUUCAGAUCGGGACUCAUCACACCGACGCAUUAGUAGACGAGGGAGCAGAAAUCACUCUCAUAAGGAGGGAUUUCGCAACAAUCAUCGGUUGUACGACAAAUAAGGAAGUAACAGGGAGCAUUCGAGGAGCUGGUGGGGAAAUUCCGUUCGCUGGAUAUGUCACGAAGUGCGCAGUCAAGGCAGGUGUCAGGGAAUCAAUCUGGUCGUUUCAACGGAUGACCAUAAUGGAGGAAAUGGAUUACAACAUAAUCCUUGGGAGACCAAUGUGCGCAAACGUAGAAAUGAUAGGCAUGAACUUACACGAUGGCACGUACAUCGUGGACAUAGAGGACCCAGUGACCGGCCGGGGAUCGCACGCCGGUCGGAGCAUUUACUCCCUGAUAGAUUUGUACUCGGGAUACGACCAACUCCCAUUGGAUGUCCAGGACAGGCCGUACACCGCAAUGCAUACCCCCGUAGGUCAGUUGCAGAUGCAGGUGACCCCUAUGGGCUUUACGAACGCUGUAGCCGAAGCGCAACGAAGAAUGCUCGCCGUAGCCGGGGACAUGUUCCCAGAAAAGUGUGAGCCCUACAUCGAUGACAAUCCAAUCAAAGGCGCGCAGGAGAAAGACGAGACGGAAGUCCAGCCAGGAAUCCGAAAGUUUGUAUGGGACCAUCUACAAGACAUCAAAGACUUACUCCGCCGGUUCCUAGUAUACAACAUCACGGCUAGUGGACCAAAGAGUAUUUUAGCAAUACCGGAGGUAACUAUACUAGGAUUUCGCUGCGGCCAAUCUGGCUUUCUACCCCGCCGGAUCUGGCUUUCUACCCCGCCAGAUUGGCCGCCGGAUCUGGCUUUCUACCCCGCCGGAUCUGGCUUUCUACAAGAUAUCGCUAGUGGACCAAAGAGUAUUUUAGCAGAUCCGGCGAAGACAGACAAGAUAUCGCAGUGGCCAAUACCCCUGCGGACGACAACGGAGGUAAGAGCAUUCCUAGGCGUGGUCGAAUUUCGGAGAAUCUUCAUUAAGAAUUUUGCCAGGAUUGCUGAACCUAUCCAGACUAUGAUCAGAGAAGAAGGGACCAUGGACUGGACGGAGGAGCGAGAAGGACCCGUCCAGACCCUCAAGGACAUUCUGACAUCGGAGCAGGUCGCCUUGUCGGCACUCUGCUUUAAUGAUGAAGUAGGACGACCAUUCAUCCUAGAAACGGAUGGAGGACCCUUGACCGUAGGAGGCGUACUGAUUUAACGAGAUGAGGAGGGGAAAGAGAGGCCGAUUAUAUUCGAAAGUAAAACCCUGAACUCCGC